GUCAGUUGACUUAAUUUGACACUUCAAUAACCAAACAGCAUAUAAUCACUACGUUCUAAAACCUAUAACCUAUUUGGUGAUUUAUUAUUUUGCUACACUAUAAAUUAGGUUGUACUUUAAUUAAAACAGUGUAAUUAAUAUUGAAUAGGUAGAAGAAUGGGAAAAAAGAAAAAUAAGAAUAAGAUUAGUGGUGCUGUAAAAACAGCAGCUAAAACGGAGAAAAAAUUUGCUAACAAACUUAAAAAAGAACUUGCGAGCUUGGGAGAGGAAGACAUAGCUCAAGUUGUUGCUCAGAUUGAACGAGAGGAAGCAAAGCGAUCAGCUGCUAAAGAAAAGGACUUACCCGGACCUCCUUCGCCCAGAGCCUACGCUAGUGUGACUCCACACCCUAUCAAUAAUGAGCUUAUAAUUUUUGGGGGAGAAUAUCAUGAUGGUCAAAAGACCUAUGUGUACAAUGAGCUGAUUUUCUUCAAUCCUUCAAGUAACACGUGGCGCCGCGUCAAGGCGCCAGGUGCUCCGCCGCCACGCAGCGGCCACCAGGCGGUUGCUACUCCAGCUAAUAAAGGCGAGCUAUGGGUAUUUGGCGGCGAAUUCACAAGCUUGUCUGAGACACAAUUUUACCAUUAUAAGGAUCUGUGGUGCUACUCCUUAGCGGAGAACAAAUGGGAAAAGGUAGUAGCGGCGAACGGUCCUUCGGCGCGGUCGGGGCACCGCAUGGUGCAGCUGGGGCGUCGGCUCGUGGUGUUCGGCGGGUACACUGACGACGGCCGCGAGUGCCGUUACUUUGACGACGUGUACAGCUUCUGCCUCGACACGCGCGCCUGGACCAAGCUGGCGCCCAGCGGCCGUGGGCCCUCGCCGCGCUCCGCAUGCGUCAUGGUGCCGGCCGGCAACGACGAGCUGAUAGUGUACGGCGGGUUUUCGCGAGCACGCGAGGGGCGCACGGAGCGGGCACUGACGCACGCGGACCUGUUCCGGCUGACGGCGCGGCCGGACGGCGGCUGGGCGUGGCGCGCGCUGGCCGGCGGGCCACUCGCGCCGCCGCCGCGCGCGCAGCUGGCCGCCGCCGUAAACACACACUCCUCGAGAGCGUACGUCUUUGGGGGAGUCACCGACGUAGAAGAGACAGAAGAAGAAUUAUUAGGUGAAAUGAGUGACGAUCUCCGAAUGCUUGAUCUGGAGGCGGGCAAGUGGCACAGCGUGACACUGCGCAGCCAGCAGCCGGCGCCGGGGGCGCGCGGGCCGUCCGCGCCGCUCGUGCCGCCCGCUGACGCUGACUACGCACCGGACGCCGUCACAGUGGUAACUGACGAGGUGUUCACGAUGAAGCUGGGCGGCGCAGCGCCGGCCGCCGCCGCGAGCCCCGCGGGCGCCGCGCCGGCCCGCGCGCGCGCCGCGCCCGGCCCGUGCCCGCGCAUGUCGGCCAUGAUGGCCGUCCAGCGAUCCGUUCUCUACAUCUAUGGCGGAAUCCUAGAAAAAGAUGAAAAACAAUUCUACCUGUCUGAUAUGUAUAGUUUAGACCUGCACAAGCUAAGCGAGUGGAAGACGCUCGGGCCGCAGCCGCCGCUGCCCGAGUGGCUCGGCUCCGACUCGGACUCGGACUCCGGCAGCGACUCCGACCAAAACGAUUCCUCCAGUGAAUCUGACUAAGAUUAAUACUAAGCCAUACAAUAUAUAUCAUAUAUGUCGGCGGCCGAUCGCAAGAUUAGUCAGAUCUUGAAAUUCCUAGGCAUAUCGUGAAACGUGAAAAUCAUUGUCUCGCUCCCUGAGUCGACGAAGCAACCUAACAAACCUAUCUUACCUGUCUAUUGGCUUAGUGUAAUUACCGUCUUAACAUUACACAGAAUUUCGGUCUGCCGGAUCUUACGGUCGUCCGCCGACAUAUACACCGUGUUUUUAUUGAAUUCUGUUAACUGCGGGGUAUGGGUAAGUAAGUAAGUUAAUAUUUUCUAUUGCACCAACAAUUAUACAUUUUACAUUCAUGUAAAACUACAAAUAAACUAAAUGGGUAAAUACAUUAAGGGAAACUAAUCAGAGUGGAGUAUAGACAGCUAGUUCUUUCAGCUAGAACUCAGGGAUUCUUUGAACUACUUUUGUCAGUCAUUUAAGUACUUCCGAAGAGUUUAGGCAAUUUCUGUAAGAAUGCCCCUCGACAUCGACGUAGCUGCGUAGGCAAAUAAAAAUUUAAUAAAAUGUUGCAUAUAACGUUGUUGUAACACGGGCAUACUAUUUAACUAAACCAAACAAUUGAAAACUGUAACAUAUCAAUGUUAUUUCAAACAUCGAUCGUCCGAGAUAGUACUUACGUUUUGUAGCAAAUGUAUAAACUCGUACUAAACACUAUUCAAUAUGUAAACAGGCCCUAAGGCAAGUGUUCACGCUCGUAGAGGCCUUAUCAGAUAAAAAAUAACUAUUUAUUGUCUCCGAAAUGGAUAUAUGGAGACCGGUGUCGUUGAAAAAGUAACUUAAGCUCACGAACGCACCCUUGAAAUUAACGGUAAUAAAAAAACACGGUGUAUACGAAUAUACCUACGGUAUAACUUCUCUGAAAAAUCAAAUAAACAAUUUAUUGAUGUAAAGUGUAUUAAUAAUAAUUAUUAAGUAUAUUGAACGCAAAACAUUGGAUCGUUGAGAGAAGCCGAUAUCCCAAUGCUGGAGCACAAGUGCGGAUUAGUCUGGGUGUGUUAGGUACGAGCAAAGAGCUAUUUAUUGAUGGUAAUAGAGAGGUAAAGUCUAAGAAAUGAAUGUGCCUCUAAUUCGAAAUUUUUGACAAUCAUAAUCUUUGAUUGGUCGCUUAGCACAAGGAUUUUCGUACAUUGACCUGCCUGUUCCUAUCUCUGUCGCUCGCACGUAAUUAUAUUGAUGUCCAUCCCAUGAUGGCGGCGGCUGUGCGAGCGGGACAGCAAUAUAAUUAUGCGCGUGCGAUAGAGAUAGGAACAGGCGGGUCAAUGUACGAAAUUCCUCGUGCUAAGCGUCCUUUCUAUACCGCAUAAUGUAUGAAGCCACACAGCGCCAUCUCGUUUAGCUGUCCAAUUCGAAGCACGAAAGUGUCUGACUUAAGAGGGAAGUAUAGCAUGUCACUACUGUCAUUUACAAUCUCUUUUACUUUUUGUAGGAGUGAAAGAGAUAACAUACGUAAGAGCAAGGGGUUUGAUUGAUAGGAAUAAAAAAUAAUCCUAAUACGCAAAAAUCAUCAUCACCGUUUUGAAGGCACCAAAAAUGUACCUAUGUAUGUGUGUGUGUGUCUAUUAUCUAUUUACGCUCACCAAAUCUGAAAUAAAUUCGACCAUUGAAAAGUGAAGUGAAAUUCAUUUUAUAAAAUAUUAGCUUUUGCUCGCGGCUUCGCCCGCGUACUAAGCAAAAAAAAAAUGUUCACAGUUUGACCCGUAUGUUUGUAUGAACGCAUGUAGGUAUGUAUGUUUGUCCGCGAUUAUUAGAUUUAGAAUCAUGUUCUGAAAAAUACAUAAAGUGUUCGACAACCUUGUACUUGUUAAAGUACUUCCUUAUGAACAACAUAGUUUGAAGGUAGUAGGGUAGUAAUAGAACCAAACCUUGAGGUGAACUUACACGGGAGCACACGACAUAGAACUGACCGUGGGAGAAACAGUCCUGUCGUAAUAUCUAUUAGGAUAACGCGGGUCUCGUUCCAUACCUCAAUAGAACCCCAACCGAUUUUCUCCGAAACUACUGAACCGAUCGAAUUGAAAUUUGACAAAAAUACUUUCAACAUUUUUCAUGUCCACAAUAUUAAAUUUUAAAAUAAUUCAUUGCCAUUUUCGUAAAUAACGUCCCAAAAACCCAUAAACCGACACCCAUAUUGAUACUCGUAUUUAGUAAUUUCAACCCCAUCGCACCCCAACAGGGCAUUUGUAUUUCACGUUCACCUCGUUAAAUUGCCGCGCAUUUUUUUUUUUCACCUAAGGCGUGGAGCUCGAGUCUUCAGGAGGCGAAAGCGGGCGAUACGCGCUAUUGCGGGUGUGCCCGAUGACGUGUCGUGCAGAGUUGUUUAAGGAAUCUGAUAUUUUGCCUCUUCCCGGUGAGCACAUCUUCCAAGUUAUUAUACAUAAAAACUACGACGCGUCUAGACAACGAGGUGUGAACGAAUCCCGCGCGAUGCGUAGCAACAAGCUUGCCCUCGUCACUCCCGCACACAAACUACGCAAAUCAGGAAAGUCGGUAUACAUCUCGGUGCCGUCUGUGUAUAAUAGACUAUCUGACGUAAAAAAAAAGCGGCCAAGUGCGAGUCGGACUCGCCCAUGAAGGGUUCCGUACCAUUUAUGACGUAUUAAAAAAAACUACUUACUAGAUCUGGUUCAAACCAAUUUUCGGUGGAAGUUUGCAUGGUAAUGUAUAUCAUAUAUUUUUUUUAGAUUUUUCAUUCUGUUAUUUUAGAAGUUACAGGGGGGGGGGGGGGGGAAGACACAUUUUUUCACUUUGGAAGUGUCUCUCGCGCAAACUAUUCAGUUUAGAAAAAAAUGAUGUUAGAAACUAAAACGUAGUGAUUAAAUGCUCUUUGUUAGAAACCUAAAUAUCAUUUUUAAAGACCUAUCCAUAGAUACCCCACUACAGUUCUAAGUAUGGGGAACCCCUAAAAUUUAUUGUUUUUUUUAUAUUUUUGUGUGAAUAUCUUAAUGCGGUUCAUAGAAUACAUCUACUUACCAAGUUUGAACAGUAUAGCUCUUAUAGUUUCGGAAAAAAGUGGGUGUGACAUAAACGGACAGACAGACGGACAUGACGAAUCUAUAAGGGUUCUGUUUUUUGCCAUUUGGCUACGGAACCCUAAAAAUAGCCACAACCGAAUACAGAAUUUCUCCUUCUAUGAAAUUUAAGUCGGUUAAUAAAAAAAUAUGUUGAUAUAUAAAUAUUUUGAUGCCCAUAAAUAAAAACGUUUUUUUCUUAUUCAAAGCUUACCUAUUCAAAAUAUGUAUACUUACUGUUUUUAUUAGCAAUGAACUGUAACAAUAUUUUAGUGGAAACUACUGGGGAAAAAAAUCUCACUAGCUACCACUAAACCGAACCAAACUGAGGUGGUGGUAACUACUGGGAUUUUGUUUCCCACUGGUAACAUCUUGGUGGUGAUUAGUGGGAAUAACCCGCAAAUUCGCAGUCGAAAAGGGUCGGCAACGCGCAUGUAUCACCUCUGGAGUUGCAGGCUGCCGCUACGUUGACUGCUUACCAUCAGGUGGGCCGUAUGCUUGUUAGUCACCGUCCUGGUAUAAAAAAAAUCUGCUUUUCGGCUGGGGUUAAAUUGGCCGGUAAUCUAUUAUUUAUAAUAAUAAUAUUAAAAUUAAAUUAUGACUACUUAUAAAAUAAAACGACUAAAACUAAACCUACCUAGAAAAAAUAAAGAAACCUAAAACAGACCCUGGCCUCUUGGCAGGGUGCCCAUCACGCAGGCAGCAUUCCCGCGCUGUAUCGCGACGGCAAGCCUUUGCGCGAGAAAACUGCCUGCGCGAGGGUCUCCCGUUGCCUCCCUCAAUCGCUUUCCAAGCUCCCUGUGGAGCCCACGCGCACCCUUGCCCCACGGACCAAGUGUCUCGACACCAAAAGCUACGAAUUCGUAGUUGGUGCCGAGACAGCUAUAUUUAUUAGUUUUAAAACGCUCUCGGGCGUCAGCCGCCGCCCUGGCGUUUCUGCUGGUCGCUGGCAAGUAGGAAGCUGCCAGCGUAUCGGCGCAAGUAGCGUCCCACACCAGCCGUGCGCUUCUCCAGCCCAUCCUCCAGGGGAUCAACGACAUCCCGUCGGGGCGCUUACCAUCGUCCCGCACGAUCUGGGGCUCCAGAGCUGCGGGGAUGUUGGCGCUGACGAGCGCCCUUCUCAGGAUGUCGUUGAGUGCCGCAUGACGGGAUAGGCGCCCGGCGCCCGAAGAGCAAGCAAUUUACUUGUUUAUUCUUUGUAGUUUAUUACACUUUUCAGUUGUUUGCGGUUAUAGUUGUAAAUAAAUAUAGUCUUGCUUUUCUCUACACUAUUUUUACAUGUGUCUGAGUAGGUCGAUGUUUGACUGUUAGAGAUUGCCAUUAGGCAUUUAUUAAACAAAUAAAACAACCAAAUUCA